CGACCCAGUGCCCAAGUUCAGUCCGCAAAGACUCACUCUGCUCAUAAGACUUUGUGCUCCCAGCUGAAGACUCAGUUGCCAACAUGUGCAAGGGACUUGCCGCCUUGCCCCACUCCUGCCUGGAAAGGGCCAAGGAGAUCAAGACCAAGUUGGGGGCGCUGCUGCAGAAGCCAGAUGCAGCUGUCGACCUCAUCGUUCCAGACAACGAGAAGCCGGAGAAGCCAGCCAAGGCCCGGAAGCCCUCACCGGAGGAGGCCCUCCAGUGGCGUGACUCCCUGGACAAGCUGCUGCAGAACAACUAUGGACUCGCCAGCUUCAAAAGCUUCCUGAAGUCGGAGUUCAGCGAGGAGAACCUGGAGUUCUGGAUGGCCUGCGAGGACUUCAAGAAGGCCAGGUCCCCGGACGAGGUAGCAGAGAAGGCGAAGAAGAUCUACGAAGAGUUCAUCCAGACGGAAGCUCCUAAAGAGGUGAACAUCGACCACUUCACGAAGGACGUCACGGUGAAGAACCUGGUGGAGCCUUCGCUGAGCAGCUUCGACGUGGCGCAGAAGAGGGUCCACGCCCUGAUGGAGAAGGAUUCGCUGCCCCGCUUCGUGCGCUCCGAGCUCUACCAGGAGCUGAUCAAGUAACCGCGCGGCGGCCGUGAUGCCGCUCCGCACCCCACACCGCCGACCGACCUCCCCUUCACUGCUUCGCUCCCAGACGCCUGCACGGGGAGGGGGGGGCCGGGGUUGCCGCCGCGUCAGGCCCGCGUGGCUUUGGACGGUUACUGUGGAAAGCCCUCCUUCCCCAGCUUCUUCUUCCCACCCCGAUUCUUGCUUAAGCCCCCUCGGGACAUUGUAGUCAAACCCAGUCAGGUUCCCAGGAAAGCUCUGCCCAGGCAAGGGAGCAGGGGCAGGCGGGCGAGGCCCCGAACGGAGGCCUCUGGGUCAGGCGACAGGUCCCCACGCAGGGCGGACCGAGGACAGGGCGUGGGAGCCUGCUGCAGGCGAGGUGCUUUGGUCUCGUUUGCUGUUUCCGUUCUGACCCGGGGGCCCCACCUGCGUGACCGUUUCUGGCCUUGGCUGGUAAACGGUGGUGAGAAUUUUGGGAGGCAGCCACUGGCCCGUUUCUUAAGCAAAUCAUCGAAAAUAUUGACCUUCUCCUAGAGAAUCUUCACGUAGCCGGAGAUCACACACCAGACAUGCAGCCGUGAAUGUGUCGUGUUGACCUGUCUGCACACGAUUAAUAGUGGUUCCUCCUUUACCUCCCUCGGACACCCCACAAAGUUACCAAAGCCGGUACUAAAUCAGCCACCUAAGAUUGACAAUGGGCUAUUUUAUAAAAUGCACCUCCGGUACAUGGGCCCAAAGAUCCGCUGUUCCUGUUCUUAUAAAUUCGUGGGCGUAUAAAACUCUAAGAGUUCUAACGCCAGGGUGUAAAAACAGUAACCGUCUCUCACCUCCAAAUCUAGAGGGCUGGGGGCUAAAACGGGAAGUUCAUCAACCAAAACGCUGAACGAUCCCGUGACGCUGUGUGUUCCGUGACGGCGGUCUCGGAAACACGGAAUCAUCGGGGGAAACACGGAUCUGACAGCACGUGCGGGCUUUCUAAGUGAGAGACGGCAGCAGAGGACUCCGCGCCCCGCAAACUAACCUGGUCGCCCGGCAACCCCAGUCUCCUCCCUGCUGCGCCCCCUGCUGCGCCCCCUGCAUUAGGAAAUUGUCCCCAGGGGCCCCCGCACCCCAACCUGCCUCGCGCGGCUCGCCGACUGCCAUGGCCUAGUGAUUAGUUAGCACUUUUAAUUCUGUACGUCACUAUCGUAAGUAUUGCUAAGGUGUAUUCUUAUCUUUAGUGGAUCUGAUUAGGUUAAGUCACCAUUUACCCGGUAUAGUCACGGGGAGAACCACAGUAACCCGUGGGCAAGGGUAGCCAAGAGGAGGCGGAUGCGUGAACUAAAAAGAAAGCGUUCUCGAGGAUGAAUAAAACCCUGAAAUGUUUCCGUGGAAGGUCACACGGCCUAGUCUCGGUUUCCUGGCUUCUUGUCCCCUCCACACACUCCUGGCCCCCCGAGUUAGUAGCCCGUUUACUCCGCUGUUUCCCAAGACUAAGGAGAGGGAAGCUGUUGCAUCCCAGUGUCCCUCAGGCAAAGGCGGAGGGUGUUUGCUGGGGGUUCCCCAUGCUUGUCACCUCACGGGCCGCCCCCUGUCCCGAGCCUUGGCGUCCGCUGCACAUUCUGCACGGGGACGGGACUGCGGGGUCCACGGCCAGCAACGGCGGGGGGGUCUGUCCACAUCUGCCACGGAGGCCUGCUCCAAGGGGACCCGGACACCGCGCCGCCAUGGACAGCGAGGCCCGGUCUCACCGCCCUCACCCCCUGCAUCCACGCAGCUGACCGCCCCGGGU